AUGACUCAACCUGUCUGCUCUUCGCAAGAUCAAUCUUCUCCUCGUUCUUUGAUCCCGCCGCGCAAAUCCGUGGCGAAUUUCCACCGCCGCAGGGGGAGGAGCGUAUUUAAUUUGCUGGUCCAGAGAGAAAUGUCACCGAAAGCAAAGUUCGUGCCAAGGAAACGGUGGGGUAAAAGUAGAUGGUAUACUGAUCCCUCAUGCAAAUCCGACAUCGAACCUAUGAAAGACGCUGGACAGAGUCUUGUUUCAUGGGUUGAGGCAGAGUCAUUGAAUUAUUUAUCUUCUAAGUAUUGCGCUCUUGGACCUCCUCCAAGGUCAACUAUUGCAGCGGCUUUUAGUUCUGAUGGAAAAACUAUUGCUUCUACACAUGGUGACCAUACUGUAAAGAUUAUUGAUUGUGAAACUGGAAACUGCUUAAAGGUUUUGAGUGGCCAUCGGAGAACGCCGUGGGUGGUCAGAUUCCACCCACAACAUUCAGAUAUAGUUGCUAGUGGAAGUUUAGAUCAGGAUGUUCGCUUAUGGAAUACUACGACUUCACAGUGUAUCACAUCUUAUGAAUUCUAUCGGCCUAUUGCUUCCAUCGCUUUCCACGCUGAGGGAGAACUACUUGCUGUUGCUUCUGGCCAUAAGCUGCACAUGUGGCAUUACAAUAGGAGAGGAGGGGAAUCACCACCAGUCGUUGUAUUGAAGACGAGGCGCUCUCUGAGAGCUGUACACUUUCACCCUCACGGAGCUCCAUUUCUCUUGACUGCAGAGGUGAAUGAGAUGGAUACAUUAGAUUCCUCAAUGUCUAGAGCAACCUCUAUGGGUUACUUGAGGUAUCCUCCCCCUUCUAUCUUCUUUACAAGCCCGGAAAGCAACCGAGCUACACCUUCUGCAGAGGAUCCAAGAAUUGGUCAAGUCUCUAAUACGAGACCGCAAUCACGGCUUCAGAACAUUCUUAGGUCUGCAGUAAACGCCAACAGAACAUUGUUUCCUCCUUCUGGUCCCAAUAGUGUUCGUCCAAGAAACUCUCCCAGCAACACAUUUGUUACUCGAACUGGAGACACAACUUCUCCUGCAGCUGAUGCCAUGAAUGUAGAUUUACCUGAGCUCCGACAGACCCAGCAGUUGUUCCAGUUAAGCGACCGAGUUUCCUGGGAGUUACCAUUUCUACAAGGAUGGUUGAUGGCUCAAGCGCAAGGUCAUGGAGUGGUGGCUCCUCCUCCUCCUAGUGGCGUCUCAGCUCCUAAUGCAGGCGCUUCGACAUCUCGUUUAGAGACAACCAGUCUUGAGGCUGCAGUAGCGUCAUUAGAAAUCCCGGGAGCUGUGGUUCCUGGAAGAGGUGACCAAACUUCACAAGCUCAGUUAGCAGAAGGCGUGCCGUCUGGUCCCACUCAACGUGCAAGUGAUGCUCAACCUGUGGCGGUGAACAGAGCCCAGUCUGAAUUUGCUACCACGAUUGCUGCUACUGCGGCGGCAGCAGCAGCAGCAGCUGCUUCAGAGUUGCCUUGCACUGUCAAGCUCAAAGUGUGGUCGCAUGACAUCAAAGAACCAGAUGCUCAACUGAAGUCUGAUAGAUGUCUAUUGUCAAUACCGCAUGCCGUCCUUUGCAGUGAAAUGGGAGCUCAUUUUUCGCCAUGCGGGAGAUAUUUAGCAGCCUGUGUGGCCUGUGUUUUUCCUCAUGGUGAGAUGCAGACUGUAGCACAACAAGAUUCAGGGCUUGCAACUUCCCCGACUCGACACCCUGUGAGUGCACACCAAGUCAUUUACGAGCUUCGUGUGUAUUCUCUCGAAAAGGAAAGUUUUGGUUCAGUGCUUGUGUCACGGGCGAUUAGAGCUGCGCAUUGCUUGACCUCUAUCCAGUUCUCACCCACCUCUGAGCAUAUGCUGCUUGCAUAUGGCAGGCGCCAUGGUUCUCUUUUGAAGAGCAUCUAUAGUGAUGGUGAAGCAACAUCACAUUAUUUCACAGUGUUGGAAAUAUACAGAGUUUCAGAUAUGGAGCUUGUGAGAGUACUCCCAAGUGCAGAGGAUGAAGUAAACGUUGCUUGUUUUCAUCCUUCUCCUGGAGGUGGUCUUGUUUAUGGGACAAAGGAGGGGAAACUGAGGAUCUUCCAGUGCGAUAAAGCUGUUCCCUCUAACUUCACUGGACCAAACACAUAUCCUGAGGAAAACUUGUCUGAGGUGCAGGCACAUGCAUUAGAGUGCUAG